ACAGCAUUUUUAGCUUUAGGCAAAAAAUCUAUAGGCAACGCCUGAAAAACCGUUGAAAUAAGGGGUCACAGACAACGCUUUUGUUCCUGUUGCCAAAUUUUUAUACUUUGUUCACUUCUCUUGUAAAAGCGUUGGCUAUUUAUUUGGGGCAACAGUUUUACGCGUGUUGACUACAUAAAACUGUUGACUUUUCAUAUCCUAUAGGCAACCCUUGUGAACGGUAGAUUAAACCCAUUGCAGCAACGAUUUUUUAACCAAUUUAGCCCACCAUCUUAAAACUGUUGCUUAAAAAUUUAUAAAACUGUUGACCAAAGUCAUACAUUUCAAUUUUGUCAAAUUCAUUGGGCGCUAAAUUCUCCCACUCUUUUAUUUCUAAGAUUCCCUCUUUUUUUUAUUAAAUUUUAAAAUAAAAAAUUUAGACACAUUAAUAGGCAAAAAGAAAACACCAAACUCAAACAAAAAACACAGUUCUCUCUCUUCACCCAAAAACUUAACGCAAACACAAACAAUGGAGACUCAACCAAGCUUCUUCAUCCAUCGCGUGAACUAAGCUUCUUCCAUCAAUUCCUUCCUUUUCUUCCAUCAUUCCCCUUCCAUUGUUCCCAUUCCAUCGAUUUCUUCCUCUUCCUCCAUCGCGUGAACUAUUCUCACAAAAAACCCUAAUCCCUUUUCAUCGAUUUACUCAGGUUUGUAAUCAAAACAAAGAUUGAAGCUCUCAACUAGUUGUGAUUGAAGCUCUCAGUUGGUUGUGAUUGAAGGGUAGCAGUACUCAUAGGACAGUGUUUCUCAAGCAGUUUUCAUCUAGACGGCUUCUAACUGAACAAAUGAAAAAGGAAGCAAACAACAAGACAAAUAUGAAAUCUCAUGUCAAGAAUCAAAGGGGUGCUUCCAGUUUGGAGCUUCCACAGUUCAAGUCAAGCAAUGAAUUAUUGGCUAAGCGUUAGAAAAUCAAGCGUGAGGAGGGAAUGGCCAAUCUUCAACAAACGAAUGCAUCUAUAACUAAAGUUGGAGCUCCUAGUAACAAACAAAAUCAGCCACCAACUACUCAACCGUUCAAGUUAUCUAUGUUUGCAACAACUGCGAAAACAAAUUUGAUUUCGAUUAAAGAGCCAGUCACGAAGCCUAAUCCAAAGAAAAAAAUUUCAGACAAUGCGAGUAGGACUCAACCUAAUGUUAUUGCUGAAAGGAGUGUAGAAAAGGAAGUUUCCAUGAAAAAACACAAAGGGUUGAAGAUUCAAGAUUCAAAAGGGCAAAGUUUGGCUCAAGGUAGAGGACCGGUACCUACACAAAUUCAAGAGCCAAAGGAGCAGCCCAUGAAAAAAAACAAUGAUUGAAGAUGGAUCAAUGGAAAGACAGCAAACUAGGAAAAACAAUUAUGUUGGAAAUGGUAGUUUGAAGGCCAAGGAGCAGCCUAGGAAAAGGGUAGUAGUGUCUGGAGAUGAGUCAAGGGUAAAAGAGAAACCUUUGAAAAGGAUAGUUGUUGAAGAUGACUCAAGGGCAAGGCAGGAAAGUGCUAGAAAGAAGUCAAAAAGAACCCCUUUGUGUCCAUCAAUGUUAAUUGAUGACUACCUUAAGAAAAAUGGAAAAGAUGUUGAAAACGAGAUCCGGAAUUUAAUUGAAGAUGAGGGAGACAUUGUUAUGGAAGAACUAGAAGAAAAUGUGGAUUGUGAAGAAGCUGCUGAAACAAAUGAGACAACUAAGAAAAGAACUCGGGGACCAACACUGUGUUUAAAAAUAUAUGCAAGGUCUCUCAAACAACGUGAAGAAGUUACUCUAGACGAUGACGGAGAUGUAAUUGGACCCGAUGACAAAACUGUUGCAGAAUUUGCCAAUUUCCUUGGCUCUAUAGCAAGGAAUUCAGAUUUCUGUCCCUUGAUCUAUACAAACUUCUAAGAGAUGCUGAAAAAGGAAACAAAAAAUGAUCAUAUGGACCGUAAGGAGCGUAUAUGGAGAUUUGUUAAUGUAUGUGGAGUCAAAUUUCAUUUUUGUUUCAAUAAUCAAAUAUUUAUUAACUUUUGAUGACCAUUGUUAUUUUAUUUUUUUGUAGAGGAAGUACAUUA